GCGGGAAACAACAACAGAGAACCCGGAAGUGUGGAUCCAGUGCGCUCUAGUUAUGUCAUUACGUUCUGAAAUCAAUAUUUACGAGUUUUAUACAAGCGUAGUCAAGUAUGAUUUGCUAGUGAUUAAAUUAUCUUCUUAUCUCACAGCAGUUCUGUGAAUAUUUUACUUUAUUCGAAUAUUGCUUUCGUUCGUUGGGGAGUUUUGUUCACUCUAAACGGCAUGGAGUUCAAAGACGUGGAGAACUGCUGUUGUGUAAUCAAGGUUUCAGAGGCAUUUUCUGACAAACAGCACAUAAGCUGCAGCGGAGUCCUCGUCUCUCCUCAAACCGGAGUUAUCUUAAGCACCGGGAUCCCGUUUUCUCGCUAUAUUAAAGACCAGGACUGUCUCUCUUCAGAUCCACGGUUUCUUUCCCCUGAAAACUUUAGUGACAAACUUCAGAUCCGCGUCAGCUUUUCUUCUCCGCGAGACUGCAACCAGAGAUCACGGUUAAAUGCGCCACGUCUCCCCCCACACAGAAAACAACAGACGGUUUCAUCCAAGCUGCUGAUGCUGGUGAACUGUGUGGAGUUUAGGCAGGCCUUCCUGGAAGUUUUCCCAAAGGCAGACCAGUGGCGUUUCCAUGGUGACAAGGAGGAAGAAGAGCAAGUCAGAGAUGCCCAGUUCCUCAGCUGGUUUGCAGUUCUCAAAGUAGAUGUGGAUGACAGAAGUGCAGGGACGAUCCCCUGGCAGAGGAGCUCAUCUCUGGAGAAAGGGACCCCCGUCGUUGCCUGUGGCUCCCCUUUUGGCUCCCUCUGCUUAGACCUUUUCAUCAGCACCCUCAGCAGAGGAAUCAUCAGCAAUCUUGCCGGAGAGGACAAUGCAGUGAUCCUUACAGAUGCUCGCUGCUUGCCCGGCACGGAGGGUGGAGGAUUGUUCGUGGUGGAAUGUGCAGACGGUGCAAGCCUCAUUGGGCUGAUCGUGUCUCCAUUUGGGUGGAGAGAGAACGAGUGGAUAGGCCUCACACUCGUCUGCUCCAUUCACAUGAUCAUAAAAAAUAUCAUCCGCUGCACAGGCGCUGGAAAUGUGCUCACUGAUGGAGAGCCCCGUCCAGGAAUGGCUGACCUGCAGGUGUCUGCCACAGGUCAAGAGGUCAAAGCUGUUCAGUAUCCCACUGUGUGCUUUGUUGAUAGUGGAAGUGUCUGGGGCUCAGGAGUUUUUGUCACCAAGAAGCUGGUAGUGACUUGUCGUCAUGUUGUCAGUGGGAAAUCAGCAGUCACCUUGAAGUUCAACCACAUGAACAAAGUCCUUGACGUCUUGGGAGAUGUCAUCUUUUGCACUAAAGCAUCGUCCCCGUAUGAUCUGGCUCUGGUAGAGCUCAGAGUCCCCGUUCCUGGAGCUGUGGUUCCCCGCAUGUCACAGAGUUUCAAUCCAGGCGUAGCUGUACUCGUUGUAGCUUAUGGGGGUUUGGGUCGAAGAUGUGGGCCAUCCCAGACUUGUGGAAUCCUCUCCAAAGCCAUUUGCUUGGAUCACCAACCUGUCAUGCUCCAAACGACAUGUGCAGUACAAGCAGGCGCCAGUGGGGGCGCUGUGGUACAGAAGCAAACUGGAGAACUACUUGGGAUUGUAUCCAGCAACACAAGAGACUUGGCUGCAAGAGUGACUUACCCACACCUGAAUUUUAGUAUCCCAGUGACAGUUUUCCAGGCGUUGUUGCAGAAAUUUCUUCAGACUACGGAUAUAAAUGUGUUCAAGGUGCUAAAUACAUCAAAAAAGGAAGUCAGACAAGUGUGGAGGCUUCAGGGCCAACAAAGCAAACUUUAACAGAGAUACAGUAGAUGCUUUUAAAUCAAUUAUUUACUAAUUCAUACAAGUUGAUUAUGUUUGUUUUGCAAACUUAAAUAUUUACUGCCUUAACUUUUUAAAAAUAUGCACAAUUUGAAUGAAUUUAUUCAGUAAAUGUAAAAGUACUACGAUUUAUAAUAAUGCACUUUAAUGAAACUAAAAUAAACGCUUAUUAUUCUAAUAUUUAGCAGA